CCCAUCACUAUAAUGCAUUAUUAUGAAGACACAGUGCCGGAAGUAUACUCAUUGCUUCCGGUUGUUGUGUCAAGCAAUCUUGUUCGGCCUAGUUCGGCUCGGCUCGGCCUAGGUCGGCUCGGUACAAGCGGCACCUGCAGGUCCAACCACGGUGGUGAAAGUGAUCGUUACGGCGGAGUAAAGAUGGCGGCUCCUGCUCUCCCCGGUCGAACUAGCUCGGCCGGCAGCCUCGGGAACAGCCCCACCAUGGGCGCAGGGAGGCUGCCGCACAGCGGCGGCGUUGGGCCCGAGCUCGACUUUAGAUCGGCGGCCCGCAUGGAGGACCUUAAUCGACUCAUCCAGGAGUUCAGCAAACACGACCAGCGGGAGUACGACGACCAGCGGGCUCUGGAGAUCCACACGGCCAAGGACUUCAUUUUCUCCAUGCUGGGAAUGGUCCAGAAGUUGGACCAGAAACUCCCGGUGGCCAACGAAUACCUCCUCCUUUCAGGAGGCAUUCGAGAAGGUGUGGUGGACAUGGACCUGGACGAGUUGAGCAUCUACGCCCGUGGAACAGACUACGACAUGGACUUCACUUUACUUGUCCCUGCACUCAAACUCCACGACAGGAACCAGCCGGUGACCUUGGACAUGAGGCACUCGGCUCUGGGCCACUCUUGGCUGAGUCUUCGACUUUUUGAUGAGGGAACCAUCAACAAGUGGAAGGACUGCUGCACCAUUGUGGACCACAUCAACGGCACCACCAAUUACUUUUUCUCCCCCACGCUGGUAGCCGACUGGUUCUACCAGUCCAUUUCUCUUGUGCUGCUCGAGGUGCAGAAGAAGCCGCAGAGAGGAAUGCCAAGGGUAGAGAAGGUGGAGAGGAACGGCACCAUCAUCUCGGUCAUCCUCGGCGUGGGUAGCAGUCGUAUGCUCUACGACAUUGUCCCGGUGGUGUCGUUUAAAGGCUGGCCUGCUGUGGCUCAGAGCUGGCUGAUGGAGAACCACUUCUGGGAUGGGAAGAUCACAGAGGAGGAGGUGAUCAGUGGCUUCUACCUCGUCCCCGCCUGCUCCUACAAAGGUCGAAAAGAGAAUGAAUGGCGCCUGUCGUUCGCUCGCAGUGAGGUCCAGUUGAAGAAGUGCAUCUCCUCCAGCCUGAUGCAGGCCUACCAGGCCUGUAAGGCCAUCAUCAUCAAACUGCUGUCCAGGCCCAAAGCCAUCAGCCCCUACCACCUGCGCAGCAUUAUGCUGUGGGCCUGCGACCGGCUCCCUGCCAACUACCUGGCGCAGGAUGAUCUCUCCGCCCAUUUCCUGCUCGGCCUCAUCGACGACCUCCAGCACUGCCUUGUCAACAAAAUGUGUCCCAACUACUUCAUCCCCCAGUGCAACAUGCUGGAGCAUCUGUCAGAUGAGACAGUCAUGCUGCACGCUCGAAAACUCUCCUCGGUUCGCUCUGAUCCUGCUGAGCACCUACGCACCACCAUAGAACAUGCCAAGGCCGCCAACAGGCUGACAGUGGAGCUGCAGUGGCGGGGCAGCUCAAACAACCUGCCAUCACCACAGUCAGAUGCCAGUGGGGAGAAUCAGCCCGACGACCGUCUCGCCAAGAAGCUUCAGCAGCUUGUCACAGAGAAUCCAGGGAAAUCCAUCUCUGUCUUCAUCAACCCGGAUGAUGUCACACGGCCACACUUCCGAAUUGACGACAAAUUCUUCUGAGACAGAGGAAUGUUCUCCUUUUCUCCUCAUCCUCUUCCUGCUGUCCAUCUUUCUACCUGUGCCCUUGUUUCCCUGAAACAUUUUUUUAUUACAUUUUUUUAAAUGUUUCUCUGUCACAAAGUGAAGUGAGUUGGUUGUGUUGUUGCAUUCACCAGUUUUUUUAUUUUUUUAUUUUUCUAUUCCUGUCUCCUUGUUCCACUUCUUUCACUGUGUGCCCUGUUUUUUUUACCUGCUUGAUGCCUUUUAAGUAGAUGGCCUGUUAUUUAAAGAUGAGUGAAAACUCACAGUGAGGUGAUUUUGUUUUUUUUUAUCAAGGGUCAGAUUAAUUCCUGGAUUGUGUUUGCAGCUGGAACAUUAGUUCCUCUGAAGAAUGUCUUAGUCCUGUUGAGCGACGAUGGUACUAACUAAGUGUAAAUAUAGGAAACGACUAAAGACUUGUGUGUAGACAGAAGCCGAUGUAGAUGCUGGUGAUGAUGCUGUGUGGACUCUUUGUUGUCUAACGUUGCACAGAAUGUAGAAAAAACCACACUUCCCGAUGGUGGACAUGUUGUUUGUCAAGUUCCAAAUGAUGUAUCAUAUCUUUAGUCAUGUGACACUUUAUUGUGAAUUUUAAUGAUAAGUAAUGGCUGGAACAGCAGGAAGUACACAGUGACACUGCUGUCGUACAUCACCAUCAGAUGUUCCUCUUUACUUCUUUGGUCAUGUACAUGCACGUUGUUAGGUCAAACCCAGUGAUGUGCUUUUGGGGAGUGCGUGAAACAUUAGCAUUCUUGUUCCGUCCGCUGACUCAUUCCUUCCUUAGCUAGGGAUGUAACGAUACACUCAGCUCCCAUAUGGUUUUAACUCAUUUUUUUAAACAAAAUGAGCUUCAGACAAAUUAUGCCCAAAUACAAUGAUCCUUUAUUUGCAGGUACAGUACUACGCAGAAUUCUGUAACCAACGGAAACGGUCUUGUGUUCCUCAUAAACUGAAAUUGUUAUCUUAAAUAACAGAAUCCAAAACAUUUACAUCAGUGCACAUCACCAGUUAUCUCCUCUUAUAAAAACCAAGGCUUGGUCUUAUUUACCUGGCUGUCAAUGUAUGAAGUGACAAAAAAAGUAAAAGAAAUAUUAACUGGAAAGAGUUCCUUUAUUUACAGGAACAACGUUAAACAUUGUUUGUGUCUGUGAAAGGAGUUUUUCCCACGUUCUGUUUGAACACCUGAAUGACAUGACGUCUUGGUUUAACACCAGGUCACAACCAAGGUUUUAGGCGCAUACCGCGUAGUGUGACCAGUGACUUUUUUAAAUAUUGCAGCCUACUCUUUACGUUUGAUCUGCGAUUCAUUGUUUUUUCAACCGAUGCUAAUUGUCACGCAUAUUUUGCCCCUGAGAAUCCACUUAGCGUCCACUCAUUUGAGCUUUUACGUCUGUAAAUAAUUAAUAAUUAAUCAGAAGCUGGAUUUCCUGCUGCUCAUUGAUCAGACCUGAAAAACCCUCACUCCAGAAGGGUCUGGUGUUUGGAUGAUGAUGGCGAUGGUGAUGUUCCAGCAGCAUCACUCUGUAUUGACUCUCAGGUUAAUCUGCUACGUUCUGACCAUCCUCACAGAUUAUCACUAGCACCACUUGUUUUUCCUCUCAGUCCCAUAACGCUGUGUUCUCUUUGAUGACACCUUGGGUAUGUUUCCUUUUACUUUGUGGCUACUUUUUAAUGUAAACCGUUGAAUCAACCAUCCAACUCAGGAUACACCAGGCAGAUUUAUUUUGACGUUCUCAGACACAGGUUCUGUAGCAGGAGAACACGGCCAACUAGUCAAAUGUUUUGGUUCUCGGACAUUUCCAGUAAAUCAGAACCUGGUUAUAGAUGUGAACACAGACCAACACUCAUGCACCAUGGCAGCUGAAGACAGACCCAGCUCCGAGGCCAGUCAUUAGUUUACUGUAUGUCAGGAAGUGUUGCCUCUCAGAAUCAUUAGAGAUGUUUGUAUUCUGAGCUGGUUGUGUUGAAUCACUUUUCUUUGCUGUAAACCUUUCCAACAAAAGGAGGAAACCUGCAGACAUGACUGACAAGAUCAUCAAGGCAUUUACCCCUCAUCCUCAAGUGCAAUUAGUGAAAACACACACUCACACUUGUCUCUUUGCCGUUGUUUAAAUACUAUUAGAUGGUACAUUAUUUAAACCUACUAACCUCACCCUGAUGUUUUCCGCAAAAUGCCUUACUUUCACCUUUGACCCCCAAAGUUGACACCUUUCAAAGCCCCUUUAAAGUGUUGGCAUCCUGGUAAAAAUGUGCUGUCAUUGACAACGUGUUUCUUUUUUAAUUUUUAACCAAAACUCAUUCUCAUGUGUGUGUGUAUAUAUAUAUGUAUAUAUAUAUAUAUAUACAUAUACAUAUACACACACACACACACAUAUGUCAUGUAGGUAGCACAGAGACACUGAGGCUGUGUUCACUGUUUUCACUCUGGUUGGAUCCAAACAAACCCUGCUGGGUCACGUGAUUAGUGCUGAAACUUGGUGUCAUGUGUCAUGGUGUCAUGAUUAAAAAUGUCAGACCAGAAAAUCGUUCAUUUUCUGCUUUGGUCCAAACCAAAGGUGUGAACACAGACCUACUCAAGUUUACACUGGUUGUGAUGAAGACACGUCCAGGUCACUAUAGUCACAGUGAGAUGAAACCGAGGUUCUACAGACCAUUAAAGUACCUCACACACACACACACACGCCUGAUCAACGUGUCUGUUCUGAGCUUCAGGACCUUCCACCUCUGUUUUCAGAACCUUCUACUGUGAGUUCUUUGAUUCCGGUUUCUCUCUUGCUGCUCUGCUUUUUUCUGAUGAUGGAUUUAUUUAUGCAAUGUUCAUGUGAAUUGUUUAACCCUUCAGAUCAAAGUGUCCCCCCCCCCCCCCCCCCCUCCACACUGACUUGUCCAACAUUAAUGAAGUGAGACGACCUUAAUUACACACCAGAAUGUUCUCCUCUCACUUUACUAAUUGGCUUAAAGUAAAACAUUCUUCUUCUACAUCCUCACACACAGGAAUGAUUGUUAAGGUUUUAUCAAGUGUAGUGGACGUUUCACAAAAAUCCAACUCUACAAACAACGUCCUCAAUGAGUACUGAUUAGGACCAAUGUGUCCAGUGUCUGUGGACAGGACCAGGACACCAUACUGAACCAAAAAGACCCUGACUAGUAUGUAUUCCUUCCUGGACCUCUCACUGCCACCAGGGGCACCUGUGAGUGUAGUGUGGGAGCGACUAUGAUCUGAAGGCUGCUGAUUGUAGAAACACAGUGACUUAUCUUCUGUAACCUGGAACAGCUGUUGUAAAUAUCACUUGAUAAAAUAAUUCCACACUU